AUGCCCGCCAUGAUGGACCAGCGCGAGCUCGAGUCGCGCGUCAAGGCGCUCAACAAGUCGGUCGCCGCCAACGAGCCGCCCGAGAGCGCCAUCAAGCUGCUCGACUCGCUCAAGAACGAUGCCGCCCCCACGGAGGAGAUGCUUCGGGCCACCCGCGCCGGCAUCAUAGUCGGAAAGCUGCGCUCGAACGCGAACAAGGAGAUUGCACGCGCCGCCUCGGAGCUCGUCAUCAAGUGGAAGAAGCUCGUGGAGCAGGAAAAGAAUUCCAAGCUUCAUAAGAGCAAGGGCUCGCCUGCCCCCGCGCCGGCGUCGUCGCCCGCCCCCCCACCACCCACGAGCCUCAAGAAGACCUUCACCGGCGAUCCGGAGAAGCGCAAGUACGACACUGACGGCGUAGACAUCAAGCGUACCGACUCGAACGUCCGCAACCAGUGCAUCGGCCUCAUGUACAACGGCCUCGCCUACCGGUCCACGGAGUCUGGCUCCGAUGUCAUCGCCAAGGCCAUCGCCGUCGAGCAUGCAAUCUUUGUUGCCUUUAAGGGUGAGACGGCCGACUACAAGAAGAAGAUCCGCUCCCUCUUCUCCAACCUCAAGACCAAGUCGAACAAAGAGCUCGGCCCGCGCGUCAUGUCGGGCGACAUCUCUCCCGACAAGUUCGCCGUCAUGACGGACGAGGAGCUCAAGAGCGAGGACCAGCGCAAGAAGGACAUUGAGCUGGAAAAGGAGAACAUGAAGAAGGCGCAGGUGCCCAUGGCGGAGAAGAGCAUCAGCGACAGCCUCGAAUGCAGUCGCUGUAAGAAGAAGAAGGUCAGCUACACGCAGGCUCAGACGAGAAGCGCUGACGAGCCGAUGACGACGUUCUGCGAAUGCAUGAAUUGCGGUCAUCGUUGGAAGUUCUCAUGA